AUGGCUUCUGAGAUAGCUUUGAUCCUCAAUGCCGGACUGAAGGCUCUCCGACAGUCAAACGACGGAUUGGUCGAAUCAAGAGGCGACACCCUCGGCUUUGCCCCUGACUUAGCACCGAUCAUUGAAGAGUCAGAAGAACGCGAGGAACCAGAUCAGUUUGUAGCAGAAGACGUGGCUUUAGAAUUCCGUCCGCAUGGUCAAGCCGAAAGCAGAACUGGUUCUGAUGGGUGUAAUGGGGAUGGUGAUCUGGAUUCCUCAGAUAUCCCUGAUAAUGGAGGAAGUAAUAUUGAUACAGUCUUGAAAAAGCCAAGCGUUCCGAGUACAAGACGUGGUGCACAAAACUCGACUUUAAUGGGCUCAGCCUCAUUGCUGGGUACGGUAUUUGCUGGAACAUUGUCUUCCAAAGUCGACAUCGAGGAUAUCAGGCUCGGAAAAUUAUCGAUAAACUAA